GAGGUCUUGAUCUUAAUGAUCAGAGCUUUCAUUCCUAGCCUCCGUGACCCAGCUCAGCAAGUGCGGAAGACAGCAGGGCUGGUGAUGACCCACUUGAUCCUCAAGGACAUGGUGAAGGUAAAAGGACAAGUGAGUGAGAUGGCCGUGCUACUCAUUGAUCCUGUGCCUCAGAUUGCUGCCCUGGCCAAGAACUUCUUCAACGAACUCUCCCACAAGGGCAAUGCUAUCUAUAAUCUCCUCCCAGAUAUCAUCAGCCGCCUGUCAGACCCAGAGGGUGGGGUGGAGGAGGAACCCUUCCACACCAUCAUGAGGUACAGUGCUCUAGGAUUUGGGGCACAUUUUUCAUGUAGCAACAGAUUUAGGAACCAGACGCACUUUGAAUCAUAGCUCUGUUUGAUUGAU